GAGCAGCUCACUCACACACGCACACACACGUAAUCGUAAUCGAACGGUGAACAAUUGGUUUUGCGGCCGCGGAGUGGGAUGUAAAUAUUGUUGCCGCUGCAGAAAACACAUUUCGCGCAGGUGGCUGGCCGCAAGCGGAAGAAGAAGUUCGUGUGCGCGUGAAACAAAAGUGCAAGUAAGCAUCAUCCGCCGAUCGUGUGGCGCUAAAUCGCUUUGGUCCGUCAUUUUUUUCAUACACCUUCGCCCCGGUCCCCCUCGACUUCUAUCGCGCUCACAUCCGUUCGCACCUUCACGCGCUAGCGCUCUGGUACGGCGGUGUGUGGCCUCGUGGUGUUGCCCGUGUCCCCGGUGCUGCUGGUGUGUGUCGUACAACACAAAAAAACACUCCGAUAAGAAAAUGACGUGUUAAAAGUGGAGCUGCAUGGUGGUUGUGUGUUGCUCGAAGGUAUUCCUACAGUUCUAGCCCUUCGCUGUCUAAAAAUUGCGUACGUGUGUGUCAUUUUCGGCAGCGUGUUGUAGCGGUACCGUCGCACAUAGUCAGCAGCGGCGGCAGCAGUGAGUAGAGCGCAUUAAAGAUGGAGCAAACCACGUUGUUUUCUGUCGGCUAAAAAUGGAGUCUGUGUCGUUGUUGGUGUUUUCUCGGGCAUUUGGCGCAUUUGCAAACAGGAAAUGAUUAAAAGUGUAAUUUCGCUUCACUGUCGUGCGCUGCGGCGCUUUGGCCGCCGUGUCUUCAUUUGCCAGCGAAAACCGCGCAAGAACGCGCACCAAGUGUAAUGCAUUGAGUAUGUGUAAUUGUGUGUGUGUGCAUAUGCGUGUGCGUGUAUGCAUCGUCUCGUCUGUGCACGCUCUGCAUUUUCUUCUGUUGCGUUGAUGCUUUAUUUUGUCUAGUGUGCGCGGAUGAAAGAAGAAUUGUACCUCAAGUGACGCAAGAUUGGGAGAAAGGGCGCGAACGCAACGCAGAAAAGCGCACCACUAACCGCACUGCCCAUGUUCCGAGGUACGGAUACGGCGGUGCGCGCGCGUGUGUGUGUGUAAAGUACCGCCUCUGACUGGUGCAAAAGUGCAUAAUUUCACCGGGCGGUCAGAAUUGUGCGUGCUGUGCGGGAAAAUGUACCGCCGCCGCGACAGCUGUGUGAGCAAGUGAAGUAAUAAUUUGUGAUUGAUUUGUCGGUUUCACCGCGCCACCAGCCCGCACGUGAAAGUGAAAGCAAGAGGAAACACUAGGACACGGUCACUACUAUUCCAUGCGGGGUGUAGAGGGAAUUCAGCACCACCGGGAUCCAUAUUGGACGGCAGCAGCACUAAAAAUGGUUGCAACUUUUGCUUUCAUGCGCGGCCCGUGGCUUUUGCGUGGGAAAGUUUUUAGUUUUUGCAUCGUUUUCUUUUUUGUUAAGCGCGACAAAUCCAUCCCGUGAUCCAUCAUCGUUAAGUGGUCAAGCGGCACUGAGGAGGUUUAAUUGAAAAGAUUAUUGUUUGCAUUAAAUAAGUUUAGAGGCGUAUUCUAAGGACAAUAAAUGGAAUUGAAAGCUCCCGGCAGCAGCAGCAGUGUUCGGAGGGUACGGAGUGGAGUGUUUCGGAGAUCACAGAUUUAGUGCACAGCGGGUGGUGCAUCAACAUUUCUGCGAAGAGAGAACUACAUUGCGAUCCAAAACGUCGUUCUAAGUAGUGUGGGUGUGUGUGUGUUUAUGUGUACGCGGAGUGGUCCAAAGUCCCAAAAAUAAGUUAAUUCUAAAAAAAGGGGAUAACAGUAAAACCAGCCCAGAGAAAGUACGUAAAGAGCGUAGGAGCAGCUGGACAGUCAAUUUACGGAGCACGAUGGCCCGUCACUUGAUGGCAGUGUGCGUCGUCUGUCUGCUCUGUGCGGAUCAUCUGCCCUGCAAGCAACAUUUCUCCGACGAUGGUACGGAGAAGCUCGUGCCCGGCCCUCGGGGGACGUUACGCAACGUGCGAUCGUUGCUCGAUCAGCAGCAGUACGAGCCGGUGGUGGCCGCAUACGACGCAGUGCAUCGAAUAGUGAGGCGCCAUUCUCACCACCAUCACGAGGAGGAGGAUCAUGAGGAGGAGGAUGUGCACACGGAAGGUGUUAGCGAAGCGCCGACGGAGUUCGACCGACUGAUAAAGGGAAAGAUGGAGCAGGCGAUGAGGAAAAUUUUCACCGAAUACGGUGAUCCGGCAUCGAUGACGAUGGAUGUGCAAGGGUUCGAGCGGAUGGUGCGUCAGCUGGGUAUGAUUCGGCUGGUGCAAUCGGGAGUCGCAGCACCGAUUGACGGAAGUGGAUCGGACGCAACCGAAACAACGCCCCAGCAGGUAGAUUCUCUAAAGUGCAUUAGCAGCAAUGAUUUUCUACGACGCGUUACACCACCGAAGAUACGGUCCCAGGAAUGGGAGGAUGCAGCUAAAAGUGAUACAAGUAGUAACGAGGCGGAAAAAGAAGGCAGCAACAGCCAACCGACCGACAGUACGUCCGUCGAUGGUGGUGACAGUGUAAAUCAGAAAUCAGGAGCAAAGCUUAUUUUAACGAAUGAUAAGAUACAAAACACUAGCAUUAGUAACAGCAGCGCUAACAGUGAUAGCAGUAAUAAUAACACUAGCAACAACAGCAGUAGUAGUACCGAAGAUCCACUGCUCGUAAGAGUGCUGGUGCCCGAGGAGAAGCAAAUGAAUGCGAGUAGUGACAACAGCACCACAAUCCUUCCACGGGUUGAGUCUAGCGUGAUGCUUGGCGAUCGCGAUCUUUACAGCGUGUGUCCGAUGCUGCUGGGCCAUCUGCUAUCGACCGUGCCGCUGGAACGGUCCGGCUGCUUCGAUGAGGACAGCAUUCCGCCGCUGCUGGUGAGCAGUCUGCUGGACCAGAACGAUCCUCACCAUCACCAUCAUCAUCAUCACCAUCACCAUCACGGCGACGGUGGGUCCGAGGCGGCCGUCUGGAUCUACUCGUUCCUCACGAUACUGGGCGUGAGCUUGUGCGGGCUGCUCGGCGUGGCAGUGAUACCGUGCAUGGAUAAGCAUUUCUACCACCACGUGCUACAGUUCCUGGUGGCGCUCGCGAUCGGCACGCUGUGUGGCGAUGCCCUGCUGCAUCUCCUACCGCAUGCGAUGCUGUCCUCGCUGGGCAACGCCAAGGCUGCGCACGAUGCGAUGAUGUACAAGGGACUGGCGGCGGUGCUCGGCAUCGUGUUCUUCUACUUCAUGGAGCGGUUCCUCACCGUGAUCGCGGAGUGGUGCAAAACGCGCCAGAAAAAGGACAAGCCGCCGUCGAGGGUGCGUGUGAUGCGCGAUCCGGAAUCGACCUCGCUGCACGCGGCUAGUGCGGGCGAGAAGCAGUGCAAGCACAAGUACAGCUCCUACCCGUACUGCUACGACGAGAUCGCGAUGGACACGAAGGACGACCAUCACGAGCACAACACGGGCACGGGCACGAACGAAAACCACAACAGUGCGCUGGCCAAGUGUGCCAACCAUCAUCACAACGGCGAGCUCAACGCGGACCACGGUUCCUCCGAGUACGCCGGGCUGAACAAUCACCAUGCGCACCAGCACGCGGCACAGGAAGCGAACGAUAACAACACGGUGUCCACCAACCUGGACGAGGGAUCGAUCGAGAGCGAGCAGCUAAACAAUCACCAUCAAACAGGUGCUGCUGGCGGUGGUGCUGGUGGUCGCCAGGGCAGCAAGUCUUCGGAGCCUGCGAGCGGGAAACUGCGCCCGGAAAACUAUACCAUCAUCCUGCGCGAGCACGAAACCAAACACCACGGCCAUUCGCACACGCACGGACACGUGCACUCGCCGCCCGGGUCGCUGUCGGCCGUCGCCUGGAUGGUGGUGAUGGGCGACGGACUGCACAACUUCACCGACGGCAUGACGAUCGGGGCAGCGUUCGCGAACAACAUUGCCGGCGGCUUCUCCACCGCGAUUGCCGUGUUUUGCCACGAGCUGCCCCACGAGCUCGGGGACUUUGCGGUGCUGCUGAAGGCGGGCAUGUCGGCGCGGGAGGCCGUCUACUACAAUCUGCUCUCCUCGCUGCUCAGCCUGCUCGGUAUGGUGUUGGGUAUUAUCGUGGGCCACCAGCCGGAAGCGUCGUCUUGGGUGUUUGCCGUAGCCGCUGGCAUGUUUCUAUACAUUGCGCUAGUUGAUAUGAUUCCCGAGCUCACAUCAUCCCACGGUGCGGAAGAACGGUGCAAAACGUCCGAAUUUGUGCUGCAGUUCCUGGGACUGACGCUUGGCUUCAGCAUCAUGAUGGUAAUAGCGAUGUACGAGCACGAUUUGAUGCUGAUAUUUGUCGAUUGAGGUUGCUGUGCAGAAGGCGCCCUGCGCCGGCAGACGCCAAAACUGUAACUACUUCUUUCUGCUAGCAGUUCACGAUCAGUUAGUUCCUCGACGCAAAGCGUCUUUUUCGCGUGCUCUGCAACAAAAAAAAACAA